AUGCUACUCAACUGCAAGGAGGGAGGAGCAGCCUCCAAGGCCGCUGCAGUAGCGGCGAGAAGACCUGGGACCCUCUGGCGCCCGCGCCCUCCCGGUGCCCGUGUCCUCGGUGCCCAGCUCGCCGCGCUGCCGGGGCGGUGCGCUGUGUCGGCUCUGCAGCUGGGCGAGAGCGGCCUUCGGAGCACCAGGCAGGCGGGGCCGCGGGGUGAAGGACAGGCUUGGUUUCGGUUUUCCUCGAUGGGACAGCUCGGAGGGUGGAGGGAGCUCGCAGAGCCUAGACGCCUGCCGGUCGGCCUCGCAGCAACCCGGGGAGGCGACCAGCGGCGACUGCGCGGGGGAAGCGGGCGGGGCCGAGGCGAGGCUGCAGUCAUGUGCUUCGCAGCAGCGGCCGCGAUUCGGCCGGUGCCAGCAGCUGCAGGUCCCCGCAGGCCCUCAGCGGCUGCGGCUGUGACUGUGGGACCGCGGCCAGCCCGGGCCGCGCCCCCAGCCCCUCGCCACAGGCUCCGCAGUCAUCCUGGGCUAGGGCAGUGGGAAAUCGCUUUUCUCGGCCAGGUCCCCGCCCCUGGGGUGAAGGACGUGCUAGCCCGGGUAAGGCAGUACCGCGGGGCUGGGGAGGUGCCUGGGUUGCUCCGGGGCAAAUUGGGCAGGUCCGGGCAGCGCAGGGCUGCGCGGUCUCCCAGACAACGGACAGGCGGGCGGGGAACACACCACCCAGGGCCGGGCAGAGAUCAUGCAGCCUCUGGCACCAUGACCGACUGCAGGCGGCUCUUGCGGUCGGGAACGCUGGCCCCGGUGCCCGAGCGCCGGUACUGCGGGCCCCGGUACAAAGAGCAUCUGUCCUCCGGGUAUUUCACUGUGCACAGAAGGCUGAAGUUCCCUAGAUCCCUGAACAGCCAGUGCUGGGUGUUUGUGGGAGAGGGCCUGGACUUCAGGAAAGGCUGUCGGCCUUGUGGAGGUCUAAUCGCUCAGGGCCCCAAGGAGAGCUUUCUGCCCAUGAUUCAUCAUGGAGUCCCUCCACCACCUUCCAAGAAGAGAUUGAAUGAGCUGCCCAAGGAAGCAUCCCUGCUCUCCAGGCUCUCGUGGGCCCAACGGGCUCGGAAGGCUUUUGUGGAGGAUGUGGAAGCCCGCUUGGCUCUGCAUCCCCUGGCUCUCCAUCCCCACCUGGAAGAAGCCAUGCCUGCCCAGCUCUUAUUACAGGUGCUGGAAGUGCUUGAUCCUGAGAGGAAGCUGGAGGAUACUUGGGCUUAUUGUCAGGACACCAAGAAAGGAACAAAGGAGCCCACAAAGCUUUUUAAAAACCGUUCUACCCAAGUGUGCCUGAGACUUCCCAAGAAGACUCCUAUGUCACAUUCAGGCCAGUGGCUUUAUGAAGAAAAGCCAAGUAAAACAGAUGUGCUCCAUGAAGAUGGUCCUCUUCUGCAUGAAAAUGUACGCAGAGAAGUUAGUGACUUCUGCAAGUGGGCUACCACUCUUGGAAGUUCAAACAUCGAUGAAGAGUUCAUCUUGAAACAGUUUGACCUUGGCUAUCAGAGCAAACCACCCUGUGAUGUGCUGCGUGUGAUGAGGCUAAACCAGGUUCCUUUGGAGUUGAAGAAGAGUGUGGGGCUAAAUAAGCUGCAGGAGGCAGAUUUCUUCCAGAAACGAGAUCAUGAGAGGACACAACGGAAACCACAGAAUCCUUAUAAACCAAAGCCGGUGAAGAUGAGGUAUGGAGCAUGGUAUUUGAACACCAACUUAUGGAAAAAGCAAAGAGCAGAUGAACCUUUGGUUGAUCCCAGAGUUUCAUCUAAAUCUCAGGAUGAGAAUUUUAAAAAGAAGCUACAGGACCAGGAAGAGGAGUUUCUUGCAGACCUUCAUGGAAUAGAUGUCUUUAAGGAUUUCAUCCUACGCAGGGGCUACAGGAUGCCCAGGUUCCUUGAGAAGAUUUAUAUUGGGAAGAAAGAUAAAUGUGCAUAUAAUAAGACUCUUAUAAAACUUACUUGAGCAUAGAAGAAUCUUGGAAAGAUAAUUAGGCAUAUUUUAUUGACUACAUACUUGGCUAUUGCUUUCCUGUUUUAAACAUUAAGUAAAAUUUAUGAUAAGUGUCCUAAGUGUCUUACUGUGGAUAUACAACUGCAACUUGUCAACAUCCAUAAAUGUAAGAUCUAAUGCUACAAAUAUUUCUCAUUGUUACCUGCUUCAUUUUAGUUGUAGUUGGACAUAAUACCUUAAUGUUUUAUAUAUUUUAUCAAAUCUGAAAUCAAUAGUCACAUGUAUUCUUCUCACAUUUUUAUA